UUUUGUCACGCGAAAGACUGUUAGUUUCCACCUCUUCGUUGGAUUCCUUAUGCUGUGGAAAUUUUAAGCCAAUGCUUUGUGCAUCCAAGAACAAUGCGUGUAUUGUGUAUUUUGUAAAAAAAAUAAAUAUUAAAUUGAUAAUCCCUUCUUCAGACUGAGUGAAUGGUCGCAUAUGCUAGUUGUUAAUGGUGAACAUAUUUGAGUUACUCCAGCUUUUUGUGUCUAUCUAAGAAUUACAUUGUUCUGUUUCGGGACAUAUGACAAUAAAAACACGCUCUUGACUCUUCUCCACACUCCCGUUCUUAUGACCUUAAAUAACGACCACAAAGGUUAAUGUUAGCGCCUCCGAUGGUCACAACAGUCCUAAAGAUUAUGCCUGAAAAUGACACCAAUUCAAGUAAUGAAUCUCCUAAUGUUGGAUUCAACAAGAGCAACACAGGUGAAUUAAUGGAUUUUCUGAGCCAAGAUCAGGGAGAUUCUAAGAAGCAGUACUACGAAGGUCUCAUUGCCUUGCAGGACUCCUGUAGACAAAGACUGCUGGCACUGGACGUUCAAUAUGAGCAGCUGACUAAUAAACAUAAAUUGGAACAUACGGAAAUAAAUAAAAACAUGGGACUGACAGAAGAAGUGGUCAAAUUCUUUGCAAUGAAUGAAGGAAGAAUCUCCAUGAACAAUAGAUCGCUCAAGCAAAAUCCAUCUGGGGAUAUAAUGAAGAGAAACUCCUACUCUGGUAAUGAAUUCUGCAGUUUAAAUGCUUCAGAGGGGAGUGUUGAAAAGGAUUAUUUGCAGCCAAAGAAGUCCAGCAGACCUAAGAACGCUACAUCAGCAUGGAUCUCACAGAUUACAGUGCCUCAGCCGUUCAACAUGACCAUGCGGGAAAGCCAGAAGAAGACGGAGGUUUUUCGAUCGAGAGUGACUCUGGAAAUGGAGAAGCAGCUGGUGGAAAAGUGGCAGAAGGAAGAGGCAGAAUGUCAGAAGAAGUUCCGAGCCCUUCCUGCACCUGGUCAUGUUUACCUGCAACUUUACGACGAAAUCAAUGAACAGAAUGAUGAAAAGAGACGCAAAGAAAUGGAGAAACGGCAAGAGUAUCUGCUGUCCACACAGAAACCAUUUAGCUUUACCAAGAAGGAAGAAGGGAGGAAAGAGAAGUUGAAAGAACAGCUCCAUACCUUGGUUCCAGAAGCUGAGAAUACAACAAAACAGAUAAAGAAAAUUCCACGCUCUGUCAAAGAUGCAUCGAUGAGCGAGAAACUCAAAGAAAACGAACUCUACAGAAAAAUCCGGAUUCAGAUGAGAGCUGAGGAUUUGCUCAAAAAAGCCGCAGCACCCGUGGAUCAAAGGCCAAGCAAAAAAACGGUCACUACAAGCUCCAUGAGAACAAGACAGGAGAAGCUGGCCUUCCUGGAGGAAAAACCAAAGUUCAAGCCAAGGAUAAAUCCAGAAAUCCCUGACUACACAAAACUGUACAAUGCAUUUCAAAGAGAAGCAAGAAAGGAGACAAAGGAGACAACAAAAUGUGUGCCUUUUGAACUCCAGACAUCAAAGCUGCCACCACGUCACAGUAAAGACAAGAGUAAAAUCGGAUCAAAGGAUUCCCAUAAAAACACACAGAUUCACUUGAAAAAAAGUAAUUCUUUCAGUGAUAUCCGUUCAUUGUUUUCUCAUACGCUUCCCAUCUCGACAACAAACGCUGCAAGAAAAAGGCAGUCGGCUGUCAGAAAAUCUCUGGAAGAACGAGACAAGCAUGAUGUAGAGAAAGCUGAAUGGACGGAGAGGUAUAAAAUGAAUGUUCACGACAUGCGCAAAACAUUACCAAUCCGGGCUAAAGCAAUGGAUCCUCAUCAGAGCCUUGCUGAGACCUUCAAAGGAAUAUUGAAAAAGCAUAGGCAGACGGACCUCAAGAGAAAGAACGAAUACAAGAAGGAACUAGAGGCGAUGAAAAGGCGAGUCUGUGGCAGACCGUACCUUUUUGAACAAGUCUCUCAGAAAAAUGCCACCUUUGAGGCCGAGAAACGUUACCGUGAAACGUUGCGGCAAGCUGGGGUGGAUGAAGAAUUUGUGAGAGAUAAAGGAGGAAAUGCAGAGGAUAUUCCUCUCACACUAUCUGAUCUUGAAGACAGCAUCCAUGAGAGUGAACGCAGGACAGGAAAGCAUAAGAAUAACUGGUCAAGGGAAUCUUUGGAAAACUUUAGGUCCUUGUAUGAAGGAAAGAACAGGGAUGAAGAACAGGACGAGGAUGGAGAGAAUGGAGAACAGGAUGAAGAUGGAGAGCAAUAUGAAGAUGAAGAGCAGAACCAGGAUGAAGAGCAUGAUGAGGAUGGAGAGAGUGGAGAGCAGGAGGAGAAUGGAGAGCAGGAUGACGAGGAAGACCAAGAGACAGUUUCUGAUACUGAUCAGGAGCACCAUUUUGAUUCUCAUGUACGAGAGAAUUCAACCUGCGAACUGGACUAGUAAUUCUGUCCUUUAAAAUAGUCAUGUCCUGAUUUUAUUAAGGACUUUUAGACAAUAAACAAUAGGUGCAGGAGUAAGCCAUUUGGCCCUUCGAGCCAGCACUGCCAUUCACUGUGAUCAUGGCUGAUCAUCCACAAUCAGUACCCCGUUCCUGCCUUCUCCCCAUAUCCCUUGACUCCGCUAUGUUUAAGAGCUCUUUUGGCCACUUGACUUUAUUUUGCAUUGAAGCCACAUUUGCACCAGCUGGCUUUGAUAGGAUAACGACAAACUGCCAGAAAAAUGUGCCACUUAAACUAACCACAUGCACCUUCCUCUCUGUGGAAGGUCUGUGGAAUUCUCUGCCUCAGAGGGCGGUGGAGGCCGGUUCUCUGGAUGCUUUCAAGAGAGAGCUAGAUAGGGCUCUUGAAGAUAGCAGU